CAGAGGCUGUUGCUGUUAUUAAAAGUGGGAACAUCAAACGGCACUAUGAAACGAAGCACAUGGAUUUUGACCACAAAUAUCCACUGGGCUCCCGUUUAAGAUCAGACAAGAUCACUUCAUUAAAAGAUGGAUAUUCUCAUAGCACAAAUAUUAUUUCAAAGGCUACUUGUGCUCAGGAAAAGGCAACUGAAGCUUCACUGAGGUGUGUGUGGGUUAUGGCAAAACACAGGAAACCUUUUACAGAUGCGGACAUGGUUAAGCAAUGUAUGGUUACUACAGCUGAAACCCUUUUCGCGGAGAAGAAAGACGUUGUUGAAGCCUUCAGACAACUACCACUUUCAGAUACAACAGCUAUUAGGCGCGCUGAGAUCAUGGCACAAGACGUUUUUAAGCAGUUAAGUGAGAAACUGAAAACUGGAAAAUUUUCCAUAGCAGUGGACGAAUCCUGUGAUAUCAGGGACACAGCUCAGCUAGCAAUGUAUGUCCGGUUUUUUGAUGGAGAGAAAUUUGUGGAGGAUUUGUUGUCGCUUAUACCGCAUAACAAUCGCACGACAGGUGAGGAUUUGUUUAAUUCUGUUCAAACUUUUUUGUCUAAUGAAGGUUUUGAUGUGAAUCAGAUUGUGUCAAUUACAACAGAUGGUGCUCCUGCCAUGAUCGGUACUCACCGAGGGCUUGUGAAACGUCUGCAAGACCUGAACCCCAAUUUGAUUUCCUAUCACUGUGCAAUCCACCAAACCGCACUUUGUGCAAAGCUCAGCGAUGAGUAUUCUAAUGUAAUGUCAAUGGUGAUAAAACUUGUCAACUUCCUUCGGUCAAAGUCAGCACUGCAACACAGGCAAUUCAAAAGCUUUCUUUCAGAAGUGUCUGCCGAUUACGAUGACCUCUUGGUCCACAAUGACAUCCGCUGGCUGAGCAGAGGGCAAGUACUAAGGAGGCUGUGGGAAAUUCGAGUUCAUGUGGAAGAAUAUCUGCAUACAAUUCCAGGGAAAAGGGCAGAAGAACUAUACACAUUUUUGAGAGAUGCCGCAAGCAUGAGCAUCCUGGCAUUCCUUGUUGAUUUGACUGGCCACUUAAAUGAUUUCAACUUAAAGCUACAGGGGCGAAAUCACAAUGUAGUAGAUCUCCAUAACAGUGUCGCUUCAUUUAAAAACAAACUGAGUCUAUUCAAAAGUGAUUUGGAAACUGGGGGGAUGCUGCAUUUCCCAACGCUGAUAAGCUGCCGGGACACUGCAGACGUGCAUCAGAUGACGUCAUCUCUGGACAGGCUUCUUCAAAACUUCCAGCACAGGUUCCAAGAAUUUGAAAGUGUUAAAGAUGUCUUCCUGUUUGUAAAGAACCCAUUCGUGGUGCAAGCAAACGGCACUUGGUGUGAUCAAGCAAAAGCAUCCUUUCCGGAUGUUGAAAAAGCAAAACUACAGCUGGAGCUUAUUGAUUUACAAUCUGAUGAAGUGCUUAAGAUGCGGCACACUGAAACUACAUGUGAAACUUUCUGGACAACCCUUGUGCUGGACUCCAAGUAUCCACACUUGAGGAAGGUGGCAUUUAACAUCUUGACUAUGUUUGGCUCGACAUACGUGUGUGAGUCUGCGUUCUCAACAAUGAACAACAUUAAAUCGCGUAAUCGCUCCGUUUUGACUGAUAAUCAUCUGUGCAACUGCCUCCGUCUUGCCUUGACUGAACUCACUCCAAACUUCAAGGCCCUUGUCCACCAGAGGACCUGUCAUUUUUCCCACUGAUGGGGCACUUGCAGCAAGAAAAAUGUUUCGGACCUUGACUUUCAGAUGAGUCUGGACCUUGACUAUACCUUGACCAAGAAAUGUGGACCUUGACAAAAAAUAAUUGACUACCCCUGCACUAGAGUCAGCAUCCCUCCCUCCCAGUCCCUCAGCUCUAACCACUAGAGUCAGCAUCCCUCCCUCCCAGUCCCUCAGCUCUAACCACUAGAGUCAGCAUCCCUCCCUCUCAGUCCUUCAGCUCUAACCACUAGAGUCAGCAUCCCUCCCUCCCUCCCAGUCCCUCAGCUCUAACCACUAGAGCAAGCAUCCCAGUCCCUCUUCUCUAACUACCAGGGACAGUCUCUCUCCCUCCCAGUCUCUCAGCAUUAACCACAAUAGCCACGGUCCGCUCAGCCUGCUUGUUUGAGUGUGUGGAGAGCUGUC